AUUUAAAACAACAUAAAACAAUUCAACUCAUUUGCUUGUGAUUGAUUCUUCAUAAUUCAUAUCCCAAUAUAAAAAUCUUAAAAAAGCUGCUUUGAAGCAAGUAUUAAUGGAUCUCUCCACUCAUUUGACUUUUAAGACCUCGAAAACACCACCCUUUUCUUCAAUCUCCAUGGACGGUGACGGUGACGGUGUCAUCACCCACCUCCAUUUUCGCGAUUCUUUCGAGUUUAAGAGUAUGAUUUUUAUAGAACAGAGGUGCAAUUUUAACAUUACAAGUUCUGCACCUUCUUUUGUAUUGUAGGACUGUGACAUGUCGGAAUUUAAGUUAGAAGUAGUUACACCCAAUGAUUAUGAGGAGGCAGAAUCCAAUUCAAUUGGCAAUUUUGCAACAAGUGCAGAACGUAGAGCUAUUGCUGACAGGUUCUUUAAAGAGAAUCAGGCAUCACAUAGUGAUAGUUUUGGCGAUCCAUUCAAGGGGCAUGAAAAGCGAGAACAUGGAUCAGGAACGAAAAUAUCAGGACCUCUUGUGUCUGGAACAGCUUAUUGCAUUUCUUCCUGCAGCAUGAUUUUGUUGAAUAAAGUUGUUUUAUCUCAUUACGAUUUCAAUGCCGGAAUAUCACUUAUGUUAUAUCAAAAUUUGAUCUGCUGCCUGGCUGUUGCUGUAUUGAGUUUGUGUGGAGCAGUUUCGGUGGAAAAGCUCAAUUGGAAACUAGUUAGGGUCUGGAUUCCUGUCAAUGCAAUCUUUGUCGGUAUGCUUCUGUCAGGCAUGUAUAGUUUGAGAUACAUAAAUAUUGCAAUGGUGACAAUUCUGAAGAAUGUUACAAAUAUUCUGACAGCAAUUGGAGAGUUGUAUAUUUUCAACAAACAUCAGAAUCAGAAAGUUUGGGCUGCCAUGGUUUUGAUGAUUAUCUCUGCUGCUAUUGGUGGCAUUACAGAUCUGUCAUUUGACUCCCUGGGUUAUGCAUGGCAAACUAUGAAUUGUAUUCUAACAGCAAGUUACUCACUAACUCUGCGGCGAGUAAUGGAGAAAGCGAAGCAAUUAACAAGAAGUGGAUCUCUUAAUGAAAUUUCAAUGGUGUUGCUAAAUAAUUUGUUAUCUCUACCUUUUGCCAUCUUCCUGAUUCUUCUGUUUGAAGAAUGGAAAUACGUAAUGAAUGUAGAUGUGAUAAGAUUGCCAAUGUUCUGGGUGGUUGCAACAGCUAGUGGAUUUCUUGGACUUGCUAUCAGCUUCACCUCUAUGUGGUUUUUACAUCAAACUGGCCCAACAACUUACAGUCUGGUGGGUUCAUUAAACAAGAUUCCUAUUUCUAUUGCUGGUUUAGUGUUGUUCAAGGUUCCACUGAGCCUAGCAAAUUUGAUCAGCAUCCUAUUUGGUUUAUUUGCUGGAAUUUUCUUUGCAAGAGCUAAAAUGUCAUGACCUCUGAAUCAAAUUCUGCAUAACUUUUGAGGAAGUGAGUUUAUAUUGAGGUUUUCCAAAGACAGGCUGCUGAUGAAGAAAGUAAAUAAUCAUUGAGCUUCAUCUUCUUUAAUUGUGCAAUGCAAUGAAAGCUUAAUGCUUCAGCUUUGCAUAAAAGGAGACAUUAAUUUUUAUGCUUAGAAAGUCUCCUGACAAAUUAAGACAAUUUUGAGUAUUCCCUUUAAAAUCAUUAUGCAAUGUGUUCGAUUCUUUUACCUAUGAUAAAGAAGUUCUCCACAUGUAUGAUCCGGAAUUUGCAUGAAAUAGAUAUGGCAUUAUAGCAUCA